AUGUUGAGUCUGAUCUCUGCUUGUGCUGGGCUGGGGUCAGAAAAACUGUGCAGAUGCAUUCAUAGCUUUACUGUUAAACUCAGAAUUGAUGCACACCUUAAAGUAGGUAAUGCACUCUUGGAAAUGUAUUCGAGCAUUGGAGCCAUUGAUGAUGCAUCUAAGCUAUUCAACAUAAUGCAGGUGAAAGAUGUGAUCAGUUGGACCACAAUGAUCAACAUGUAUGGUUCUGCUGGUUGUCCUGUUAAUGCUCUGAAGUUCUUCUGGCAGAUGAGAAGUGCAAAUGUUGAACCCGACAUGGUUUCAAUGGUCGCUCUGCUUAGUGCAUGUGCAGUGUUAGGUGAUCUACAAAAACUUAAGAUCGUCCAUAAUCAAAUUAUUCUUUGGGGUCUGGGAGAUGAUAUUUUCUUUGAUGUCCCAAAGGAGUCAAGUUACUUGGAGUUCCAUGAUUUCAAGGUAUAUAAUGAAUGGCCAAGCAGAAAAUGCUACGAAAUUGAUGAUAAAGAUGGUAACUGGGGAUCAACCAACAAAAUGGAUGCAGCUCUGUCGGUUAAUGGACUGUCAGCAAUUGCCGACCUUGCUAACUUGGGAUUGUGUAAGCAGGUUCAUGCUUACAUUGUAAUUUGUGAUAUAAUAAUUGUUCAUAAUAGAUGGACCAGUUAUCUUUAUUCUUAUUAUGUGGUUGAUGAUGGAAUGCUUGAAAGCUCAAAGUAG